AUGUUGGCGGUCCAGCUGCACGGGCCCUUCCUGCGGUCACUGGUGGAGUGCCCGUCCGUGCCGCAGAGCGGCGUCUUCACGGGCUCCGCCAUGUGCGGGGACGCCAACCUGGUGCUGUCCAUGGCGCAGGCGCGAGAGGGCCGCCUGGUGGCCAUGAAGCUCCUGGUGCAUGCCUUCGCGGGUCCUGUGCUGGCGCUGCUGGCGGACAGCAUCGGGCGGCGGCCUAUGCUGCUGCUGGGGCUGAGUGGUUUCACCUUGGCCUUCAGCCUCUUCGCAGCGGUGGCAGGGCUCCAAGCCAUCCGCGGCUCUCAGAGUGUCAUGGCGUUGUCCUUCGUGAUCGAAGGCUCCACCAGCGCCUUCGACGUGGUCUUUUUGUCAAUCCUGGCGGAUUUGACCCGGACCACCACCGAGAGGGUGACCUGCUUCUCUGCGCUCUAUGGCGUGGGGGCCCUUGGCCAUGCCUUCGCCAUGUGGAUGGCUGGGCGUAUUCUGAAGUGGGAGUUGCAGAACUAUGCCGCCGUGUGGCUGGCUAUGGCAGCCAACAUGGCAUCCAUCAUCGUGCUUGUUCUUUGUUGCAUCCCCGAGUCCUUGCCUACUGUCACAAAGGCUCAGCUGACUGCGUCAAGGCUGAUAUCCAGCACUGCUGUGCAGAUGCGGUUCCUGCUGUCAAGCCGGUUCUUGCAGGUUUGGCUGCUGGCUGUUUUGUUCAAGUCAUUGGCCGCGGGCCUCAGCAGCAUCUACGCUUCUUUCACGUUGGCCGCCUAUGGCUGGAAAGCAGGGGAUUGGCAGGCUCGCACCUGGCCCUUUGAGAUCAUUGCCAUGAGCAGCCUCAGCCUCAUAGGGCCCUUGGCAGGGCGCAAGAGGCCGGAACACGUGAUCUCUUUCACUUCCGUGGUUGGCAUUGCCAUCCACCUCGCUCAGAUCUUAGCACCGUUCUCGCCUUUGGCGCUCGUGAUCCCUCACCUUUUCUCCAGCCUCAUGGCUUUUGCCCGGCCGGUCGCCGCCGCCUAUAUCAGCAGCAUGUUCCCAGCCUCGCAACAGGCCAAGGUGCAGUCCGUGGCCCACCUGGUCCACGACUGCGGCGUGUCCUUCUCAAUGGCCACCUUUGCGGGUCCCUUGCUCUUCCGGCCGCAUGCGCGCGGCUGGGAUGCCACGCGGCCUUUUGUGCUGGCACCUCAGUCAGGGCUCCCUUUAGGACGCCCCAGGUUCGUUCAUGUUGCGCUGAGUUCCUGUUGA